AUGGAGAUAGCAGUGACCAAUCCCCGGCGCAUCGCAUAUGAGACACCCCCAACGCAGCACCAUCGACAUCCCUUCACCGCCACGUACCACCAUCGUCGUCGAAGCCGGACGAUCACAACAACUGAUGUUCGAGUGCCGCCUUCUUUCUUCCUUCACAACUCCCGGAAUAACCCUAAAGUGAUCAUAUCCGCGUUCGACACUGCGACGUCUCCUCUAGGCUACGCACCUCGUCGGGUCCAUUUGGAUCUUUUAGAAGAUGGUGUCUCACCUCUUAGCUCCAGUCGUCUUCUGAUAAAACGAUGUUAAAGAUGGUGUCAGUUGCCCACCAACUGUUCGAUGAAAUGGAUGUUCUUACGGACAAUGAAAGUGAAACCAGAAGGCAAUCUACACUGAUGUGAAGAAAGCUUCAGCCCUAGCUGAUGUUGCUGGUGAAGAAGUAACUGGAAUAGGUUUUGCAGCUACAUGUUCUCUUGCUUGAUUAUGUUAUCCGGUUACUAUGGAUUCUGAAGGUCAAGCAGUUCCAGUUUCUUUGACUGGUGAUACAAGAAGAAAUGUAACGGUAUAUAUGAAUCAUAGAACUGUAAAAUAAGCUGAAAGAAUAAAUUUAUGAGGUUCGCCUGUGUUGCAAUAUUGUGAUGGUUCUAUUUCUACUGAGAUGCAACAAUCAAAGAUUAUUUGAAAUGGGUCCAUAUGAGCAGGUUACUCACUUAUGUUAAGCAAACAAAGGUCCAAUGUUAAUACCCCUUAAUGGGUACUUAUUAAGAAGGAAAAACAUAAUGUUAAACUCUGAUAUUGGGAAUCUUCUCGACGACAACAUUAUCAACCUGAAUUCAAUGAUCUAUAGAACAUUCAAAAGACCAAAGGGUAAAAUUGGAAAAAAUAAAUUAAAUUGUUGAAACUAAAUGAAUUAAAUAGUGGAUCACCACCUUCUCUUUUUGCUCCUUUUGGGUUGCUUAAAAGCUAUAUAUUCGAUUCUUUUAUAUAUUUUAUGGUUAAAUUGGUUUUAUUAUUUUAUAACUUUUGUGACAUCUGCUUGUGGU